AUGACCGAAAAGAAACAGCUCAUAAUCAACGCAUUCGCAAUGCAAUCCCCAAGCCACCUAAACCCAGGCCUAUUCCGCUACCCAACAGACCAAGGCCCCGAUUACAAGAACAUCAAGCACUGGAUCGCCCUAGCAAAGAAACUAGAAGACGCCAAAUUCCACGCCAUCUUCUUUGCCGACGUUCUAGGCGGCUACGAUGUCUACAGGGGACCUGUGAGCCUCGAUCCUACCAUCCCCGCCGGUGCCCAGUUCCCAAUCAAUGACCCGCUGUAUAGUGUUCCCGCUAUGGCGGCUGCGACGGAGCAUAUUGGGUUCGGCGUUACCGCGUCGACGACAUAUGAUGCCCCAUAUGCGCUUGCAAGACGCUUUUCCACCGUUGAUCAUCUCAGCAAGGGUCGUGUUGGGUGGAAUAUCGUUACCUCGUAUUUGGAUUCUGCGGCGAGGAAUUUCGGUCUGGAUACGCAGGUCGAGCAUGAUGAGCGGUAUCGCAUUGCUGAUGAGUACCUCGAUGUCACGUAUAAACUGUGGGAGGCAUCGUGGAGGGAUGAUGCUGUGACUUUCGCCAGAGAUGGCUUCAAGAACCAGCCUUAUGCUGAUCCAAAGGCUGUUCGCCAGAUCAAUCACAAGGGGAAAUACUUCCAGGUUCCUGGUCCGCAUCUCUGUGAGCCUAGUCCUCAGCGCACGCCGUUUAUUCUUCAGGCUGGUACAUCCACUUCUGGAAAGGCGUUCGCGGCGAAGCAUGCCGAGGCUGUCUUUUUGCAUGCGCAGAAGCCGGAGCUUGUUCGGCCUUCUGUUGAUAGUAUUCGGCAACAGGCUGCUGAGCUUGGGCGGAAUCCGCAGGAUAUCAAGAUCGUGGCUGGGGCGUUGGUCAUCGUUGCUGAGACGGAUGAAGCUGCGCAGGCCAAGUUUGAUGAAUUGAAGACUUAUGGUGAUCGGGAGGGGGCCCUUGCUUUGUUUGGUGGUUGGACUGGGUAUGAUCUGUCGACCUAUGAUGAUGAUCAGGAUUUCCGGUUUGUGGAGUUGCCUGCUGUGCGGAGUAUGGUAAAUCACUGGGCAAGUACUGUCCCUGGGACUGAGGGUCAGAAGUGGGAUAAGAAGACCAUUGCAGAGUAUUUGACUCUUGGUGGCAAUGGGGUUAAAAUUAUUGGCAGUGUGAAGACCGUUGCGGACGAGUUGGAGCGGUGGGUUAGUGUUGGUGAUGUUGAUGGGUUUAAUUUCAGUUAUGCUAGUCUGCCGGAUACGUUUGAUGAUGUGAUUCAGCUGUUAUUGCCUGAGCUGCAGCGUCGUGGGCUGUUCUGGUCUGAUUAUGCUGUCAAAGGAGGCACUCUCCGGGAGAACAUGUAUGGCAAGAAGGGUCAGGCGAGACUCCCUGAUGCGCAUCCUGGGGCGAAGUAUUUCUGGAAGGAGGGAGAGGAGGUGCCUCCGUAUUCAUUGGCGUCUAAUUAG